ACUUUGUUUAAAUUAUUUUUAACGGUUAUUUCAAAUAAUCCUCCAUGUUUCAAAUUGUGAUCUGUGUGUGCCCAUAGAAAAACUGUGUGCCAUUUUGUAGUUUGAUUCGUGUUAAUCGUGUUUGAUAUUUUAUCCUUCCUGAAUGGUUUGAUUGUGGUGUAUUUAAACUAGACUAAAAAUGAGUGAAACUGACGAUGAAAUUGAAAAGUCGGUCGAGAGUGGGAGUGAGGAGGAAUUUAUAGAUAGUAGACGUAGUUUCGAAAGCAUUCCAGAUUCUGAUGGUGAAUAUCGGUUAAAUUUAACCAAAUCAAUGUCAGAGUAUCAACAAAAUUUGUCUUUUGCUUCAUCAACUCCUAAGGUAGAUAACAAGUCUAAAGGUGAUAUUGAUACUUCAACGAUUGCAGGGUACAAGAAGAAACAACAUAAUAAAAUAUCCUUUGACGACGACAGUCGUGAUUCUGACGAUAACAUUGCUUCAUCAACUUCUAAGGUAGAAAAUAAGUCUGAAGAUGAUAUUGAUACUUCAACGAUUGCAGGGUAUAAGAAAAUACAGCAUAAUAAAAUACCCUUUGAUGACAGUAGUGAUUCUGAGGAUAACAUUGCUUCAUCAACUCCUAAGGUAGAAAAAAAGUCUGAAGGUGAUAUUGAUACUUCAACGAUUAAAGGGAAUAAGAAAAUACAGCAUAAUAAAAUACCCUCUGAUGACAGUAGUGAUUCUGACGAUAACAUUGCUUCAUCAAGUUAUAAAGCAGAGAAAAACUCUGAAUAUGAUAUUGAUACUUCAAGGAUUGCAGAGUAUAAGAAAAUACAGCAUAAUAACAUAGACGACAGUGAUUCUGACUGUAACAUUGCUUCAUCAAGUUCUAAAGAAAAGAAAAAGGCUGAAGAUGACAGUGAUUUUGAAAACAACAUCGAUUCUCCAGUGAUAUUUAAUUUUAAAAAAAUAAACCCUAAUAAAAUAUCUGUUACUAGUGAUGAUAGUUCUGAUGAAGCUACUCCAAUUGUACAUACCUUGAAAGUUUCUGGAAAGAGGUUAUUAAAUAGAUCUGUAGAUACACCAAAAACUUUUAAACAAACUAAAGAGAAUAAUACACCUAGAAAAAUAGAACAGAUUAUUUUGUCCAGUACCGAUGAUUCCGACAAAGAAAAUGAAGAUAUUAUAGAUGUAAGUAGUGAAGAUGAGUAUAGUAAAAGUUCACCUACAAAAAUAGUUAAACAACCUACACUUCUUCAAUUAAUCAAAAAGGAAGUUCCUGAAAAAGAAACAUUUAUACAGGUAUCACCAAAAGAAUAUCAGGAACAAAGUGAUAAAGUAAGACAAAUCCAAACAGAUUUUCAAAGGGCUUCAGCAUUAAUCCAGAAAAUCAACCUAGAACAUCUUCCAGAUAGGGGUGAGUCUUUGAAAAAAAGAGCAAACUCAUUAGAACAAGCUCAUUUAGAAGAGGUUUUAAAACUUUCAACCAUGAAAAUAACUCAACAAAAUAACCCUCCUAGUACAUCAAUAAAGCCUCAAAAUAAAAUUUUAUCCUGGAAUGAAAUUAAAGAGGGUACUGGUAAAGUUUUACCAAGGACUUUUGGAAAACAAGCUGUAGCUACUAUCACUACAGAAAGGCAAUUGACAGUGGAUAGACUUCAUCAAUUGCAUGGUUCCCUUCAAACUUGUCCAAAGGAAGACGAUUUGGCCGAACCACCAAAAGGCUUGAAGGUAGAGCUAAUGACACACCAGAAACAUGCAUUGUCUUGGCUUAUGUGGAGAGAAAAACAGAAGCCUUCUGGAGGAAUCUUAGCUGAUGACAUGGGCCUCGGUAAAACAUUAACCAUGAUCUCAUUAAUGUUAAAGUGCAAUGAGGCAGAAACUCUUAGCGAAAGUGAAGAUGAUGAUGAAAACAGUCCCAGAAAAAAUUCAAAGGUUGAUGGUGGUACAUUGGUAGUAUGCCCUGCCAGCCUUUUAAAUCAGUGGUCCGGAGAAUUAGAACGUAGAACCAAGCGAGGCCUAGCUUCUUGUGAAAUCUACCAUGGGCCCAAAAGAGAAACAAAACCCAAACGAUUAGCUAAUUAUGACAUGGUGGUUACUACUUACAGCAUUGUGAAUAAUGAAUGUGAGAGAAACGGUGCUUUAUUUAAAGUGAAAUGGAGACGAAUAAUCAUUGAUGAAGCUCAUCAGAUUAGAAACCAUAAGUCUCAAACAUCUGAUGCUGUAUGUAGAUUGACAGGUAAAUCAAGAUGGGCUUUGACAGGAACGCCAGUUCACAACAAAGAGCUUGAUAUGUACGCAUUAAUAAAAUUUUUAAAAUGUACUCCCUUUGAUGAUUUAAAAGUUUGGAAAAGAUGGGUUGGAGAUAAGAGCACUGGAGGCGUUCAUCGAUUACAUACAGUAAUUUCUUCGCUAAUGUUAAGGCGAACGAAAGUAGAGUUAAUUCAAAAUGGCAAGUUAAAUGCUAUGCCUGAAAGAAAAUGGGAAUUGAUUCCAGUAGAUUUAACAGAAAAAGAAAGAGGCGUGUAUAGUAAAAUCUUGAUUUUCUCUAGAACCCUGUUUGCCCAAUUCCUCCAUCAAAGGGCGGAAAAAAAUCAAGAUGCCUUUGAUUCACAUUACAGUGACGCUCCCACGAAUUCAACUGGCCCGAAUCAAGAAUAUUUUUUGAUGAGGCAAAAAUUGUUAAAACUGAAUAAACUAAAAGAUAUAAAACAUCAUGAGAUUUUGGUACUUUUACUUCGGUUAAGGCAAAUAUGUAAUCACCCAUCACUGAUUACAAAUAUGUUAUCAGAAGAUGGUAAUGCUGACCUACUAGGAAACGAAGAUGAUGAAGCUGAUAAGGCAGCUCCCCUCAACCUCUUGGAUCAAUUGAACAAGUUAACACUAGCAGAUGAUAAUGCUCCAGAAAACUCAAAUGUAGCUGAAGGAACUGCUGAAGAAGCUAUGAGUUUAAAGGACGUGGCAAAAACUGUGUUGAGUCCUUCGGAUCCAGUAUUUUCAAAGACCAGCAUAAGCAGUAAAAUUAAAGUUUUAAUAAAAUUACUUAAAGAAAAAAUCGUCCAGAGCAAUGAUAAAGCAAUUAUAGUGUCACAAUGGCCUUCAUUUCUACACUUAAUAGCUAAUCAGUUAAAAGAGGAAGGAUUUAUAUUUGAUCAACUCGAUGGCCAAGUCCCGGUGUGUAAAAGAAUGGAAAUGGUGGAUAGGUUAAAUAAUCCAAAAGACAAUUUGAAAAUUCUCCUGCUUUCCCUAACCGCUGGUGGUGUGGGAUUGAAUUUGGUGGGGGCCAAUCAUUUAAUACUGCUGGAUUUACAUUGGAAUCCACAAUUGGAGAAUCAGGCCCAAGAUAGAAUAUACAGAGUUGGUCAGGAGAAACCAGUAUUUGUUUAUAAAUUUAUGGCGACGGAUACCAUAGAAAAAAGAAUUUUAGACCUCCAGGAAAAAAAACUGGAAAUGGCUAAUAGUAUGUUGACUGGAAGUAGCCAGGUCAAUAAAAAUAAGUUAACUAUACAAGAUAUAAAAAUGUUAUUUGAAAUGUAAAUAAUUUUAUCUGUGAAAUCGUCGGUUGAGAAGUAAUUUUCUAUUAGUUUUAGUAUUACAAAUUUGAAAUUUUUAUUCUCCAUUAAUGAAGACAAUUCUAGUCAAUUUUUGUUCUCCAUACGACUUCGUAGGAUAUUAGAUAGUAUUGUACAAGCUAGAAUUAAAUAAGACUUAGGAUAUAACUUAUUUUUAACCAACUUCGAAAAAGGAGGAGAUUAUCAAUUCGUCGCAAUAUAUUUUUUUUAUGUAUGUUCAGCGAUAAUUCUUUAACACGGUCUCCGAUUUCAAUGAUUCUUUUUUUGUUAGAAAGGGGGUACUUCAGGGGUGGUCCCACAUAAAUUUGGUCAAAAUCUAAUAAUUGGGUCCAUGAGAAAAUCCUCAAGUUCUUAAUUUUUUAUGUAUGUUUAGCGACAAUGCUUUACCACCUUGUCCGAUUAAUAUGAUUCUUUUUUGUAAGUAAGGGGGUGGUUCCAUAUAAAUUUGGUUAAGAUGUGAUGGCAACUGCACGUUUUUGAAGUCGGUUUUUAAUUUUUUUUUAAUGGGUAUAAGAUAGUUUAAAUCGAGAAAUCUCAACCAAUGUAAUGUCUAAUUUUUAUAUUUGUAAAAUUUUAUUUAAUAACCAAUAGUAUAUUAAAGAAAUUGUUUUUAAA